AUGAAUUUGUCCUGGCUGACUCCAGACGCCAUCAUCACUUCUACGCAAAUCACCACAGCAGAGUCAGCCUCAGAGUCAGAAUCGUACAAGCACUACGGUAGCUUGGGCGUUGGGGCUUCGGGAAUAUCGCAAACGUCUUCAACAAAGUCAUCCCAGAAGGCCAAGACUCAAGCGGCAUUGCAAGCACAACAGAUGUACUUGUCCAAGCAUAUAAACUCCAAUGGACCCCAAGAUAAGCCCAAAGUGAAUCCUUUGGAGUUUGAGGAGUACGAUGACGAGACGUUGGCCAGGUACAACCAAAAGUACGGGUUGGGCUUACCUCCCAUCACCACCAUAAAUAGCGAUAUCUUGAACAGCGAGAUAGGCAAGAAGACACAGUCAAAGAGAAGCAAGUCUAGACGUGCAAGAGGAAGUAUCACCAAGCAGGAGACUUCCAAUCACAUCAAGGCACAUUUUCUCAACUUGCCUUGCAAAGAGAACGAGAUCAUAACAAGCUUUUUGUACAAGGUGAGACACCAGGAUAGCGACUUCAAGUUGACCUUCAAAUAG